AGAUUAAAGAAACAGAUGAGUUAGACAGAAGCUCCCACCCCUACAACGAUCAAACAGACUCUGCUCUAUGCAGGAAAACACGAGAAGCUGAGGAACUAUGGGUUUAUUUUUUACCUAUGUUUACAUUGAGAACUUCAAGACCUCACAGAUAAGAGGUUCUCUGAGGAUCCUGGUGGAGUGACAACCCUAGCCUUUUCAUUCGCUGCUUUCAUUUGGCUCAAGUCAUGGAUCUCACUUUGUGGCAGUACCAGUUUCGAAUCAUCAUGCUAGGAGACUCCACGGUGGGCAAAUCAUCCAUGUUGAAGCGCUACACUGAGGAUCUGUUUCUGGAGUGCAUCAACCAAACAGUCGGAGUGGACUUCUUUGUACACUUCCUAGAGGUGGAACCUGGGGUGAGGGUCAAACUGCAGUUCUGGGACACAGCUGGUCAGGAGAGGUUUAGGUCUGUGACUCGCUCCUACUACCGUAACUCAGUCGGAGGUCUUCUGGUGUUCGAUCUGGGCAACCGCAAAUCUUUCGAAAACGUGCAGCAGUGGUAUGCAGAGGUGUGUGAACGUGUGCAACCCUUCACUGUGCUCUUUGUGCUGGUGGGACACAAAAGUGACAGGGUCAAAGCUGGAGAGCGAGCCGUGAACCGUACUGAGGCAGAAAAGCUCGCAAGCCAAUUGGGAGCAGUGUACAUCGAGGCCUCAUCAAAAACAGGUCACAAUGUGAAAGAGGCCUUUGAACUCUUGACCCGGAGGGUUUAUCAGGGCAUAAAAAGCGGAGAGAUCCAGUUGCGUGACGGGUGGGAUGGAGUCAAGAGCUCAGCACCUACAGACCAAACACUCCAGAAGAUACAAAACAAUGAAGCUGCUGAGAAAAAUAAGAGCUGUUCUUGUUAACUUACGAUAUGUGUAGAUCUUCAAAUAGGAUGGAUGUCUGACAUUGCCAAAUACACAUUAAAGCAAAUGUAAAUGUC